UUUUUUUUUUUUUAAUUAAUGUUUGUACAAUCUUCUGGAUGUUUUUUUUCAAGAAGGAGUAAAAGGGAGUGUUGGAAACAAACAAACAGGAUUAAAACCCUGAGCGCUUAAGGAAGACAGGUUAAGGAACUUAAUCCAGGAUGGAUAUGCAGGAGCCUCAGCAGCUGGGUAUGUUUGGAGAGAGCGAGCUGAUGUCUGUGGGGAUGGACACUUUUAUCCAUCGCAUCGACUCUACUGAAGUCAUCUACCAGCCACGGCGGAAAAGGGCCAAGCUCAUUGGCAAGUACCUGAUGGGAGACUUGCUCGGAGAAGGAUCCUACGGCAAAGUCAAGGAGAUGCUGGACUCUGAAACCCUCUGUAGGAGAGCUGUGAAAAUUCUGAAGAAGAAGAAGCUACGCAGGAUUCCCAAUGGGGAGGCAAAUGUGAAAAAGGAAAUUCAGCUCCUGCGACGAUUGCGGCACAAAAAUGUUAUCCAGUUGGUAGACGUAUUAUACAACGAAGAGAAGCAGAAAAUGUAUAUGGUGAUGGAGUACUGUGUGUGUGGGAUGCAGGAGAUGCUGGACAGUGUCCCAGAAAAGAGGUUUCCAGUUUUUCAGGCUCAUGGGUACUUCUGUCAGCUUAUAGAUGGCUUAGAAUACUUGCACAGCCAAGGGAUUGUCCACAAGGAUAUAAAACCGGGGAACCUCCUGCUGACCACCAAUGGGACGCUGAAAAUCUCUGAUUUGGGCGUAGCAGAGGCAUUGCAUCCGUUUGCAGAGGAUGACACGUGCCGAACGAGCCAAGGGUCGCCAGCAUUCCAGCCACCAGAAAUUGCCAAUGGCCUUGAUACCUUUUCAGGCUUUAAAGUAGACAUCUGGUCCGCAGGGGUCACACUAUACAACAUUACAACGGGUCUAUACCCCUUUGAAGGGGAUAAUAUAUAUAAGUUAUUUGAAAACAUCGGGAAAGGUGACUUCACAAUUCCAGAGGAUUGUGGUCCUCCACUCUCAGACUUAUUGAGAGGGAUGCUUGAAUACGACCCAGCCAAGAGAUUUUCAAUACAGCAGAUAAGGCAGCACAAUUGGUUUCGUAAGAAACACGCUCAGGCAGAGACUCUGGUGCCCAUACCUCCCAGCCCAGAAACAAAGGACAAGUGGAGAAGUAUGACGGCGGUGCCUUAUCUGGAAGAUCUGCAUGGCUACAAUGAGGAUGAAGAUGAUGACUUGUAUGACAUUGAAGAUGAUAUCAUCUACACUCAGGACUUCACAGUACCAGCUGCAGAGGAGGAAGCUGAGGCAGGGAGUAGAGGACAGAGCAGAGAGCUGGGAAGUCGUGACAAGCUGUGUGCAGGAGGAAGCUGUGCUCCCGUCGGAAAAAGGCACAGAAGAGGAGUGAAGGACAGGUGCCUGAGGAGGAGGCAGGGCAGAACGGGCAGAGCCGUGGCCGGGGGCUGCCCAAGGCUGUGUGCAUGAACGGGACGGAGCCGGGACAGCUGAGCACCAAAUCCAAGGCGGAGCGCCGGGCCAGCGCCUCCUCCAACCCCUCGCGCAAGGCCUGCUCGGCCAGCAGCAAGAUCCGCAAGCUCUCCACCUGCAAGCAGCAGUGAGCCGGGAGCGCCGCGCU